UUUGACUUCCAACCUCCAGCCCCCGGAUUCCAUCACUCUUACACCUCGUCCACCCGCCUUAGAAGCCUCAACGCCAAAUCCCGUAUCGUUUUGAAACUACACGCUCUCGCAUCAAUAUCUCUGGCUCGUGGCUCGGAAUUUCGAUAACCAAAAAGAAGCCUUACUGCCUCCCGAUCCGCGACCAUGGCCGACUUCGCCAACUUCGGAGGCACCGACGAGGAAAACGCUGAGAUCAAGCGGCUCAAUGCCGACGUGGAAACGGAUACCGACAACUUCGAGAAUUGGGAGAAGUUGAUUCGCGCCUGUGAGGGCCUUGAGGGCGGGCUCAACCGAAACUCGAGUCCGCAGGCCUUGGCAACCCUCCGCGACUCCUACGAUCGUUUCCUCCUCAAAUUCCCUCUCCUCUUUGGCUACUGGAAAAAAUAUGCCGACCUCGAAUUCAACAUCUCGGGCCCAGAGUCCGCCGAAAUGGUGUACGAGAGGGGUUGUGCCAGCAUCACGAACUCGGUCGAUCUGUGGACCGAGUACUGUUCUUUCAAGAUGGAAACCACUCACACUCCCCACCUUGUGAGAGAGCUCUUCGAGCGCGCCGCUUCGCACAUCGGCCUGGACUUCCUCUCCCACCCCUUCUGGGACAAGUAUCUGGAAUACGAAACGCGGCAGGAGGCGCAAGACAAGAUUUUCACCAUUCUCAACCGCGUCAUCCACAUUCCGAUGCAUCAAUAUGCUCGCUACUUUGAGCGUUUCCGGCAGCUCGCCCACGCUCGGCCUCUGGAGGAACUCGUCUCAGCGGACAUGCUGGCUCGGUAUCGUGCGGAGGUUGACAGUGAAGCCGCACAGUUUGGCGUGCAAAAGCCCGAGCUCGAGAUUGAGCGUGACAUCCGUGCCAAGAUCGACGCCUCUUUCUACCAGGUCUUCCAGCGCACCCAAGAGGAGACCAGCAAGAGGUGGACGUACGAAGCCGAGAUCAAGCGCCCGUAUUUCCACGUCACGGAGCUCGAGCAUCACCAGCUGAUCAACUGGCGGAAGUACCUUGAUUUUGAGGAGGCCGAGGGUGGUUAUCAGCGGAUCGUCUGCCUGUAUGAGCGAUGCCUGGUCACCUGCUCCCUCUAUGACGAGUUCUGGCUUCGGUACGCUCGGUGGAUGUCGGCACAGGACAACAAGGACGAAGAGGUCCGCAACAUCUACCUGCGCGCGGUCACCCUUUUCGUUCCCAUCAGCAGGCCGGGUGUCCGACUCCAGUUCGCCUAUUUCGAGGAGAUGUGCGGCCGGGUCGAGAUCGCCCGGGAUAUCCACGCCGCAAUCCUCACGCAGUUGCCGGAUUGUGUCGAGGCUAUCAUAUCGUGGGCCAACCUCCAGCGGCGACAGAGUGGCCUGGACGCGGCGAUCGAAGUGUAUAAGGCGCAGAUCGAUUCCCCCGUGGUGGACAUCUUCACAAAAGCUGCGUUGGUUACGGAAUGGGCGUUUCUGUUGUGGAAGGUCAAGGGCUCCGUUGAUGAAGCGCGGGCUUCCUUUGCCAAGAACGUCGAUUGGUACGCCGACAGCCGUCACUUUUGGCAAAAGUGGCUCGAAUUCGAGCUGGAGCAGCCGACCAAUGCGGACGUGGAGACGGAGCAUGCCGGGCGGGUCAAGAACGUCUUUGCUGAGAUGAGCACCAAGAGCCGUCUUUCGCCGAGCAUCAAACAGGAACUGGGCCAGGUGUAUCUGAGCUACCUGCAACAGCGCGGGGGCAAGCAGGCCAUGAAGGAGUUCCUCAUCAUCGACCGGGAGCUGUUCGGACCCCAGUCAGUUUCUCUCAUCACCAAGGCGAAGCAAUCUAAAGAGAGUGCUGGCCUUCCAGCGCUUGACGAUGCAACCCGCCCCAAGGCGGAGAGACGUUUCUACAACUACUUCGAGUUGCACACAGAUCCGGAUCCGAACGCACAGGGGCCCGCUAAUUUCGAUUAAGUUGAUUUGAACGGGGAAAUCGGUACGAUCAGCGAGUUGGUAAUGGCGACGCUUCUCAUAUAUCGCGCUUCAAUGUACAUCGCCAUGGCUUUGUGGCCGUCUUUUCCGAAGGAGGACGUGUGUGCGGGAACAAAUGUUGUUGGGCUGGCCAGCGAAAGAGAAGCGCACUCCUUUGUUCCGAAGUCGGGGGAGCAGAUGUUGGGCAGUUGUGGGCUCAGAGGUCUUGACAAUACCUCCAUAAUGGGAGCCCGGAGGAGUUGGCCUAGGCAUACGGGAUUAUUAUGUAUGGAUUAUGUAGCACUAUUGGCAUGGUGGAAGCUUCAACUGUUUCUUGCUCG